AUGGAAGCAAAACAGCACUCCAUAAAGAGCCUGAAGAGCUACCCAGAGGCGGGGGGCCGGAGCCUGGCGGCGGCCGCGGGAGACGUCGGCGUUGGAGGUGGUGGAGGAGGGUGUCUUGCCGGCUCAGCACAGAUGGAGAUGGAGGCAAACAUACAGAAAGCCAUUGACUUCAAGGUGGAGGGCCACCGCUGCUACAAGGAGAAGAAAUUCCGGGAAGCGAUAGGGAAGUACCACCGGGCUCUGCUGCAGCUGAAAGGGGUGCAUUUAGUGGAUGGAAGCACGGACUCCCAGGUCAACCUCCUGAGCCAAGCCGCCGUCAAGCUGACGGAAGAGCAGCGGAGAACCGUGGAGAUCACGGAGAUCGAGUGCUACGACAGCCUGACAGCGUGCCUGUUGCAGUCAGAGCUGGUGAACUAUGAGCGUGUGAAGGAGUACUGCCUGAAGGUGCUGGGCCACCAGCAGGACCACUUCAAGGCCAUGUACCGCGCCGGCAUCGCCUGCUACCACCUGGGCGACUACGAAUGUGCCCUGCGCUACCUGCGUGACGCCAAGAACCGCGAGCCCUCAGACACAAACGUGCUGCGGUAUAUCCAGUUGACGGAAAUGAAGAUGAGUAGGGAGGGUCAGCGGGAGCGAGAGAGCGGCAAAGAGGCCCUUGGCUAA